AUUAUAUUGCAGGUUAGGGUGACGCUCCCUGGGAGGGCCUUUACCAGCAGACAGCCGCAGAGUGUGUUUGUUGUCCCGUGCUCAUCACUGAUAAAUCUCUUGCCAUCGGUCUUACGAUGAACGAGAGCCUACAGCUGCGUGGCACCCUGGUGGGUCACAAUGGUUGGGUCACACAGAUCGCCACCAAUCGAAAUUUCCCUGAUAUGAUACUGUCUGCUUCAAGAGACAAGUCACUGAUCUUGUGGAAGCUAACUCGUGAGGAGAAUCACUACGGUAUACCCCAGAAGCGUCUUCACGGACAUUCCCAUUUUAUAUCUGAUGUGGUAUUAUCUUUGGAUGGACACUUUGCCCUGUCUGGUUCCUGGGACAAGACAUUACGCCUUUGGGACUUAGCUGCUGGCAAGACUACAAGGCGCUUUGAGGACCACACUAAGGAUGUGCUCUCUGUUGCAUUCAGUGCUGACAACCGUCAGAUUGUGUCUGGAUCUCGAGACAAGACAAUAAAAUUGUGGAAUACACUGGCUCAGUGCAAGUACACCAUACAGGAGGAUGGCCACUCUGAUUGGGUCUCAUGUGUGAGAUUCUCUCCUUCAAAUAGCAACCCCAUUAUUGUCUCAUGUGGAUGGGAUAAGGCAGUGAAGGUAUGGAGCUUGACAAACUGCAAACUCAAGACUAACCACUAUGGUCAUGCUGGAUACUUGAAUACAGUAACUGUCUCACCUGAUGGCUCCUUGUGUGCUUCAGGUGGCAAGGAUGCCAAGGCCAUGCUUUGGGACUUGAAUGAUGACAAGCACCUUUACACAUUGGAUCAUACUGACACGAUAAACUCUUUGUGCUUCAGUCCCAACCGUUACUGGUUGUGUGCUGCUACAGGACCCUCUAUUAAGAUUUGGGACCUUGAAGGUAAAAAUAUGGUUGAUGAAUUGAAGCCUGAUGUGAUCACUCAGAACCCCAAAGCUGAACCACCACAAUGUCUCUCCAUGGCUUGGUCCGCUGAUGGCCAAACCUUGUUUGCUGGUUAUAGUGAUAGCAAGAUUCGUGUCUGGCAAGUCAGUGUCACUUCUCGUGCAUAAACUGAAGCAAAUAAACUUUGCUGGUAUAAA